CACUCCUUGUUGUUUGAGCAAGGAGCCUGACCGAGGGGCUUGAAGGUUUUCUUCAUUUUCGCUGGUCUCGCAACGCCGUGGACAAGAUGCCGCCGUACAACCGGCCGCUCAGCUUCUCCGAGCGAAGGGGUGCCGUAUUCAACGAGGAACUCUCACUGAAUACGCACAAUGUAAAGCUGUCGCAGCAACGGCCUAGGGGUCCGCCGACGCCGAGCAUGAGCACACCUGCUGCUGAAUUCGAACAGGUCACUGGCUCCCCGCCUCCCCCGCCGACUCCUGCUGCAUCUCCCGGCCCGUCGCACUCGAGGCCGAACUGGAGCAAUGCUGGAGAAGACGAAGAGGCUUACCUCUCGGGGCUGCGGAAGUAUUUUGCGCAGUGCAACGGCGGGCAGAGAACCCGGCUGCUGGCUGAUCUUUUGAACCUCUGCACGAGCCAGCAGUUGAGCUUCGUGCAUCAGUUUGUCAGCCCUCUGCUCAAGAAGGAUCCCUUCACCACUCUCCCAGACGAGCUGUGCCUCCGAAUCCUUUCCUUCAUCGACGACCCCAAAGUCCUAGCACGCGCCUCGCAGGUGUCGAGGAGAUGGCGAGAUCUGCUGAGCGAUGAUAUGACGUGGAAGAACCUGUGCGUGAAACACGACUAUCAGCGUAGGAUGUCUGAGGUCCAGCCGCCAUUCCACAUCAACACCACCAUCGGACCGAAUGCUCUUUCAUUCGGCCCGCAGGAGAAUGACGCAGGGGGCUCCGGCGCGCUCACUUCCACCUCCUUGCCGGCGACUUUUGAACGAAGCGCCAAUGGGCGACCCGCCCCCAGGUCGUACAAGUCCCAUUUCAAGCAAAGAUACCUGGUUGAUGCGGCGUGGCGGUCAGGCGGCCGCAACGUGUCACGGAACAUCACGCAGGACGGCGGCGUGGUGACGAGUCUUCAUCUUACCUCCAAGUACAUCAUCGUGGCUCUUGAUAAUGCCAAGAUACAUGUGUUUGAUACGGAUGGAAAUGCGCUGCGUACGCUGCAGGGCCACGUCAUGGGCGUCUGGGCCAUGGUGCCGUGGGACGACAUUCUGGUCAGUGGCGGGUGCGAUCGUGAUGUUCGGGUGUGGAAUCUGUCGACUGGUGACUGCCUGCAUACACUGCGUGGCCAUACGUCAACUGUGCGCUGCCUCAAGAUGUCGGACGCCAACACCGCGAUAUCUGGGUCCAGAGACACGACGCUCAGAAUAUGGGAUAUCAACACCGGCCUCUGCAAGAACGUGCUGGUAGGCCACCAGGCGAGCGUUCGCUGUUUGGAGAUCAAGGGCGACAUUGUUGUAUCCGGCAGCUACGACGCGACGGCAAAAGUCUGGAGCAUCUCGGAGGGCAGAUGUCUGCACACUCUCCAGGGGCACUACAGCCAUAUCUACGCCAUAGCCUUCGAUGGGCAGAGGGUGGCCACAGGAAGUCUGGACACCAGCGUGAGGAUAUGGAACGCUCAAACUGGCGAGUGUCUAGCAAUUCUGCAGGGACAUACAUCCCUUGUCGGACAGUUGCAAAUGCGCGGCGGCACGCUUGUGACCGGUGGUAGCGACGGGUCUGUUCGGGUAUGGUCUCUCUCGAGGUUCUGCGCCAUCCACCGCCUUGCCGCCCACGACAACAGUGUCACCAGCUUGCAGUUUGACGACACUCGGGUUGUGAGCGGCGGCAGUGACGGGCGAGUCAAGGUCUGGGACCUCAAGACGGGCAAUCUUGUCCGUGAGCUUGUCACGCAGGGCGAGGCUGUCUGGCGUGUCGCGUUUGAGGAAGAGAAGUGCGUCGCCAUGGCUCUGAAGAAUAGCCGGACAGUCAUGGAGGUCUGGUCCUUCUCGCCUCCAGAGGAGAUGCUCCGCGACGAGCGACCGAUGCUGCCCCCAAAACGAAUGCUUGAUGCUCCUGUGCCGGACCGGCCACUGAGUGCUUUGCCCUUAGAGUACCGAGGGUCCACGUCCGCAGGCGAUAUGCAGGACGUGGAAAUGCUCGAUGCCGGGCCGUCAACGGCACCUCUUCAGCGGAGCGGUCCCACUUUUUUCCACGACGAAUAAUCGACUGGAACAGAUACGAGAGUGCUUGAAAAUUGCGAGGUUGGCAGGCACUCACUCACAAGCUUUAUUUCUUAUUACUCGCACAUACGCCGCUCGAGGCG